CCACCAUUCACAAAUCUCAUAAAACCCGCAGCAAUGGCGCACAACAUCUCGAAACGUCCAUUCGACUCCUUCGCAGAACCCAAUGGCAGCAAACCAUCCUCAAAGAAACCCCGGGCAGACUCUGCUAAACUCCUCGACAAAAUCCGCGUGCUACCCAUCGAAACCACAGAACGCCUCCUAGACCAAAUCUGCCAAGAAUAUCCCAAAUUUGCAGCCAGAGUACAAGACGCCUACGCCGCUCACCUCGCAAAAACCGCUGCCCAGGCACCCGUGAACUUCGACCACUACUCGAAAGAAUGCUGGUACACUUUGAACAAAAGGUACGCAAGAUUAAGGCCGAGCCAACAAUUCGAAAUAGUAGGGGAUAUAAUGGAGGAAUUGAGUGAGGCGAGGGAGGAAAUUAUGGGGAAGGCGGGCGAAGAGACGAGGUUCGAGACAAGGAGGAAUGCACUUGAGGUGUUGAGGAAGAUCUGUAAGAGUGUGAUGUUAUGUAACGAGCAGCAGAUCCGGCAUGAGCUUAUGAAGGAUUGGAUGGUGCUUGUGGAGUUUGCGGAGAGUAUGGAGCAGUUAGCGAGGGGUAUGACAGCGGUGGAGAGGGAAAGGUACAAGGAGGAGGGCCUUUAUGAGAAGUUGGUUGAGUUGCAAGUGGAGUGUGAAAGUAUUGAUAUGGAGGGCUUGGCGGAUGUUUAUGCAGUGUUUGAGGAGGAUGGCGGUGAGGAAGAAGAUGGAGAGGAAGGGAACGAGGAGGACGAAGAUCCCGAAGACCCAGCAGUACAGCCGAUCCCUCCUGCAAGGAAACGGACGAAGGUGUUCUCAGUUGGGGAAUUAUCUUGAAAAACAUAUUGAAUCUACGGCAGAGAGCGGUUCUUUAUGUUGUUUUGGAAGAAAAGUUGAACGCUUCGGAGGCACUGCUUGGGAGAUAUUUGUAUGCUUAUGUUGGGCAACAUGGACUGCUUGAUUUGCAGAACUGCACGUUGGAUUCGGCCUUGCCAGUCAUAAUUCCCCGCCCUACAGGACGACGCAGAUUUUACAGAAGGGUUCUAUUUUGCAACACGUUCAACGCCCACCACUCCAUUCACGGGGUUGGAACUUUGCGAGGAAGUUCCGUUCGCCCCAUUUGCCUCGGGCUUUAUAUAGUACUUCGAGAAAUCCUCGUUCAAAGAAUUCAAGAACGCUGCUCCUCCUUUCUGCAUCUCCUCAUCCGUAUCCAUCUUUUUACACAUCUCAAAGAACGCCAAUCUCUCGGGAAUGGCAUCUUCAGCCCACAGCCGCCGAAAGUU